UAGCUCUCGUCUCAUCCGUGUAUCUGCAAAUCUUCUUUUCCGGCGAGACAUUGCGACAGCCUAUAGCUUCUGCUCAGCCACCGCCACCACUCUCCUCCGCCGCCCCAUCACUUCUUCCUCCACUCUACAUGCUCCCUCUAAUCUAAAACCAGCAAAACAAGUCCUUCUCAAACAGCCAUUCAUCUCUCUCGCCCAAACAAAACCCAAUUGAAAUUGCAGGUUGCCCUAAUCCCCUUUCCGGCGACCGCUGCUUCAUUUCAUCCGCCGCCCAACACUUCGGUAAUUCAAAAAAGAAACGCUUUUUUCAUUUUCUUGCCAAACAAAAUCCUUCCAUGACGACUAAAAUGGAGAAGAGAAUCGUGUUUUUUCGUGCUCCAUUUGCUCAAAUAUUGGAGAUGAAGUUGUGUAUGCUUUCAUCAAUGGUGGACCCCGCGGCCUUGUAGUAGUCUCUUCACUUCAUAAUGCCAAAGAAAGCAUGCAUAGACCUCAUAAAGAACUGCAAAUCCAUGGCUUGUUUCAAGCAGAUCCAAGCUCACGUCUUCACCCAUGGGCUCCACGACAGCAUUGAUGUCUUGCACAAGCUCAUCGCAUUCGCCGCCGUUGCCGACUUAAGCCAUGCCGACAAGGUAUUUUCCCAAAUUGAGCGCCCAACUUUGUUUAUCUAUAAUGUGAUGAUCAAGGCACAUGUGAAAUUCGGUAGUUGCAGAAAAGCCCUUUCCUUGUUUGAUGAGUUGCGCCUCAAGGGAAUGGUGCCCGAUAAUUAUACAUUUCCUUUUGUGUUUAAGGCCGUGGGGAAGUUGAGGAUUGUUCCUGAAGGGGAAAAGAUUCAUGGGUUUGCAUUGAAAAGUGGGGAUCUUUAUGAUUGCUAUGUUUGUAAUUCGGUUCUUGAUUUGUAUAGCGAAUUGGGAUGUGCCAAGAACUUGGCCAAAGUGUUUGAUGAAAUCCCUAAAAGAGACUUAAUCUCGUGGAAUGUCUUGAUUUCUGGGUUUGUAAAGAGCAGUAGGUUCGAAGAUGCUGUUAAUGUUUACAGGAGGAUGAGACAGGAGGCAAGUUUGCAACCCGACGAGGCCACAAUCGUGAGCACUUUAUCUGCGUGCACGGCGCUAAAGAACUUGGAUCUUGGCCGUGAAAUUCACGAGUAUGUGAGUGAGAAAUUGGGGUUUACUAUGAUUAUAGGAAAUGCAUUGAUAGAUAUGUAUGCUAAGUGUGGUUGCUUAGAGAUUGCCCGAGGGUUAUUCGAUGCUAUGCCAGAGAAGAAUGUUAUUUGUUGGACUAGUAUGGUUUCAGCUUACACGAAUUCUGGUUGCUUGGAUGAAGCCAGGGCUUUUUUUGAGAGGAGCUCUGUGAAAGAUCUUGUUCUAUGGACGACCAUGAUUAAUGGAUACGUGCAGUUCAACGAGGUUGAUGAAGCCAUGGCCUUGUUCAGGCGCAUGCAAAUGAGUGGCAUUAAACCCGACAAAUACACCCUUGUUACUUUGCUCACUGGAUGCGCUCAAUCAGGAGCGCUGGAACAAGGCGAAUGGAUUCAUGCUUACUUGAGAGAAAACAGAAUUAGUAUUGAUGCAGUGGUUGGCACUGCUCUUAUAGAGCUGUAUGCAAAAUGUGGUUGCUUAGAGAAGUCGUUGCAGAUAUUCUAUCGACUGAACCAGAAGGACGCAGCAUCAUGGACGUCUAUGAUAUGUGCACUUUCCAUGAAUGGAGACGCGGACAGGGCUGUGCAGUUAUUCACGGAGAUGACACAAGCCGGGAUAAGACCUGAUGAUAUCACCUUCGUUGGUGUUUUGACUGCCUGCAGCCACGGAGGGCUAGUUGAGGAAGGCCGUAAGCAUUUUGAUUCCAUGACUAAGGUUUACCAAAUUGAGCCGAAGCUGGAACACUACGGUUGCCUGAUAGACCUUCUAGGUCGUGCUGGACUCUUGGAAGAAGCUGAACAGAUUAUACGAGAGGUACCUGAUCAAGAUAACAAGUUUGUCAUCCCACUUUACAGUGCUCUGCUUAGUGCCUGCAGGAGCUACGAGAAUGUUGAAAUUGGUGAGCGUGUUGCCAAGAAGCUUCUAGAGAUUGAGUCCGGGGAUUCAAGCGGUCAUACACUUCUAGCCAAUAUAUAUGCAGCUGCCAGUAGGUGGGAAGAUGUAAAGAACGUCCGAAGGAAAAUGGUUACCAUGGGGCGCAAGAAGUUGCCCGGUUGCAGUGCUCUUGAUGUUCGUGGCCUUUACUAAAUCCGGUUCAAACCUCGCCUGCAGAUUGUAAAUCAAUACCGGGGUAAAUGUUGUGAGAAAUUAGAAGCAGAAUCAUUGCUGUCUCACUUUCUGAACUUUUUUUAGGUACUCUUUUUUUGUGUGUGUUAGGAAAUGGUCGGAGUAGUUGAAUAGGAGGAUCGCUAUGACUAUAGCCUCGUUGGUGAACUCAAUUACCAAAGACGAAAAUGAUUUAUUUCUCGUGCAUAAACACAGGCAUUGUUGUUAGGAACAAGGAAUGGAUCAAAUGAGUAUCAAGUCCUGUUCUAGGAGCAGUGGUUUGAGGUUCAAGUUUGGUGAUUCGAGCAAUGCAGAGACGAGUGUCGUGGUGGUGUCUACGAAGAUGAUGAUCAUCAGCCUGUCUCUGCAACCUUGCAUAUAGUUGCUGGUGAAGGAGAUGCAGAGGGUGUUCAUCAUUCUGCCUCGUCUCCACGGACUUGCCCCCGGCCGGGGUGGAGCCGGCUUCAGAAGCCGGGCUCGACGUGCUGGCAAAGGCCAUACAGUGCAGCAGAGUGGAGAAACUAGCACAUCAUCUAGCAAAUGUGGAAAAGAAUGAUCAUUUCAAGAAUUCAUUACUGGUGUUGGAAUGUUUGAAUGUUAAAUACCAUUCUUGGAUUAUACUGAUUUUGAUUUUUUGUUUUUUGUUUUUGUUUGUGUUCAGUUUCGAUUAGAAGUGUACAUUUUUCAUAGUUUGGUAGAUCAAUUUGAACAUUUUUUUAAAUAUAUUGUAAGGAGUAACAAUAUAAAUAUAUAUAAAAAAGUUUGAUUUCCUCCAA